UCGAACCAGCGGAUCAGGAUGGAGUGUGGGAGAGGAAUAGCUGAUGAGGAAGCCAGUGAGCACCACCGCCUUCUUCCUCCACAUUCCUCCACAGUAGAUUCCUCUCUCUCUCUCUCUAGAAAGCUCCCAUUUUUCUCUCUCUAAUCGCCACCGAAGGGCAACCCAGAGAAGCAGAAGAGGAGGAGGAGAAGGACGACCUUCCGGCUUCCUCCGAGAUGGCCGACAACUCCCGACCUCCGGUCACCGGCUACCCGGCGCCGCCGCCGGGCGCCUACUCCAACGGCUACCCGCCGGGGGCCCACUCCGGUGCCGCCUACCCUUACGCCGCGCCGCGUUCCCAGUACGCCAAUUACCAGUACUACGCCCCCGACCGGCGGGCCGCCUUCCUCCGCUACUUCCUCGUGGCGGUGAUCGCCUUCUUCGUCAUCAUCGGCACCGUGCUCUUCAUCGUCUGGCUCGUCCUCCAGCCGCGCCUCCCCGAGUUCGAGGUCGAGUCCGUGGCGGUCACCAACUUCUCCGUCUCCAACGCGUCGCAGCACGUCUCCGGCGACUGGGUCGUGCGGUUCCAGGUCGCGAACCCUAACAAGAAGAUGAAGAUAUCCUACACCGACAUCGAGGCCUACCUCUCCUACAAGACCGAGUCCCUGAGCGAGACGCGGCUGCAGCCGUUCGAUCAGGGGACGAGGAACCAGACGGUCGUCCAGGCGAGCUUCGCGGCCGCGGACUCGUACGUGGACAAUUGGGCCGUGAGCGGCAUAAAUGCGGAUAGGGCGAGCGGAGCCGUGAGCUUCCAGGUGAGGCUCAUCGCCUUGGCAAGGUUCAAAGCCGGAUGGUGGCGCGCGCGGCGGCGGGUGAUUAAGGUUGUCUGCGGCAACCUAGCGGUGGGGCUUUCGUCGAAUAACGGGACGGGGAAGUUGACUGGUGGAGUGAGAGAUUGCAGUGUUGGUUUAUGAUUCAUAGAAGUAGAGCUGAAACAAUUGAUCCCUGAAGAAAUCGGCGACCAUAUCCUCUCUUAGAUCCCUCUGCAACGGUAUUUUCCCUCCAAGCGCGAGAAGGUUGGACUUUUCAACAUCAAUGACCUUGAUAGGAAUAACUCAUUGCAAGUGGUACCGCGGCAUUCUGCAUAACGAUGGGGUUGGGUUUGGAACAGUGUGCAGCUCGCUCCUGCCUGUAGAUCAUCUUGGUGGGCAUUGUCUCUCACGUAACCCCCGGAAGAUUGAUUUUGGGCUUCUCCUGUUCUGCCCAUGUUGUAUGAGUUACUUGUGACCUGCGUACCUAAAAAGGACCUUACUUUGUCCGUAACUCGUUGCAUAGAAGCACAGUAAUCGGGCGUGUCAUCUCAAUGUUGAGUCAGCGUCCAUUUCAUCAAUGAACUGUACGUUUUCCUUUGAUGAAUGGUCGGUUGAAUUGUAUUCUCAUGGCACUUUCCUAUGCAUGUCUUAUUCACUUCGAUUAA